UAGCAGACCAUUGAUGGGUUUGCAUUGAUGUUUUCAGGUUUCGAACAUGCUGCCCUUGCUGAAACGUGGAAUAGGAGUACAUCACUCUGGUUUACUCCCAAUUCUAAAGGAAGUGAUAGAGAUCUUAUUUCAAGAAGGACUAAUCAAGUGUCUGUUUGCCACAGAGACCUUCAGCAUUGGUUUAAACAUGCCUGCAAAAACUUUUGUUUUUACAAAUGUACGAAAAUUUGAUGGAGACAAGUUUAGGUGGAUAUCCAGUGGAGAAUAUAUACAAAUGAGUGGUCGUGCUGGUCGACGAGGUAUUGAUGACCGGGGAGUAUGUAUCCUCAUGGUUGAUGAGAAAAUGGAGCCUUCUACUGCUAAAUCGAUGGUUAAAGGGGCAGCUGAUAGUUUAAAUAGUGCCUUUCAUUUAAGCUACAACAUGAUUUUGAACCAAAUGCGCUGUGAAGAUGGUGAUCCGGAAAAUUUACUCCGUAAUUCUUUUUUUCAGUUCGAAGCUGAUCGUGCCAUUCCCGAUCUUGAGAAACAAAUAAAGGCUCUUGAAGAAGAGAGGGAAUCAAUUGUUAUUGACGAAGAAGACAGUUUGAAGGAUUAUUACAAUCUGCUGGAGCAGCUUAGAAGUUUGAAGGAGGAGGUUCGUGACAUUGUGUUAUCUCCAAGGCACUGUUUACCUUUUUUACAGCCUGGGAGACUUGUUUCUCUCCAAUGCACUUCAAGUGAUGAAGAUCUUCCCCCCAUUUUUAUUGAGGAUCAGUUGACCUGGGGGUUGAUCAUUAAUUUUGAAAGGAUUAAGGGUGUUUCUGAAGAUGAUGCAAGCAUAAAGUCGGAAGAUGCAUCUUACAAGAUGUGUGGUGAGGAAAGAUAAACUUGGAAAAAAAUCUGUUGAGAUUGUUCCUCU